AUGGGUGCUAGAGCAGUAGAGAAUCCUAGAGUGGAUAUUGGUGCUGCAGUGGACCCUAGAGUGGAAGUUAGACCCGUUGAGGAUCCUCGAAUGGAAGUCAUUAUGAGGACGUUGGAACGAAUUGAAAAUCUGUUAGAACAGCAGACUCAGGAAAGAGCUGCUCCGAUUGCCCAAGUUGCCGAGGCCGCCGAGGCCGCUGUUGUUGCUAAUGAUGAUGAGCAUCAAGGGUACCCGGAGGCUGCACCUAGAUGGGUAGAGGAACUGGAGAAGGCUUUUGAGGUGCUGGAGUGUAAUGAUCACGAAAGGGUGACUUUGGCAGUGUAUCAGCUACAGGAUAAUGCGAAUGAUUGGUGGAAAGCCACCAAGGAUAGGAUUUUUCCUGAAGCUAGUGCUAGAGAAAGAAAACUCGCGGAUUUUAUGAGACUCCACCAGGGCCAGAUGACGGUAGAUCAGUAUGAGGCGGAAUUCGCGAGAUUAUCUAAGUUCGCGCCGAGAAUGGUGGAACAUCCUGAGGAUAAGGCGCGAAGAUUUCUGGAUGGAUUGAGGGCUGAUAUCCGCAGCCAAUUGUUAUUAGUAAACUUGGGAACGUACGAGCAUAUAUUUGAUAGGGCCCAGAUUCUUGAGCGGGAUCAAAUGGAUAGAGCCGCUGCAUCUGGAUCGAGGUUUAUCCAGGGUUGGAAUAAUCGUAAUCCUGAGAAGAGGCCGAUGGUGGAUAAUAGGCGUUUCACUCCACUAGCAAAAAGGAAUAUUGAAAAGCCAAUUCGGAUUGGGAAUGGUCCGUGUAGGAUUUGUGGAGGUAGACACGGGAAUGGACCUUGUCCAACUAGGGGUGGAGCUUGCUUUGGAUGUGGAGGAUUUGGGCAUCAUAUAAAAAAUUGUCCCAAUCCCAGGCAGAAUAGGUCGCCUACUUUGCCGCCACCUCGGAAUGAGAAUCAAGCUGGAGCGGCCUAG